AUGAGCAACAACGCAGAUAUACCCCUACAGACUGUCGUCAGUCACUCGCCCUCGCACACGGCUACCCUGAGGGAGGAGAAGUCGGGCUCUUCCGAGAAGAGAGGCCUUUUCCAUGGCAGGCGGCGCGUCCAGAAGGUCGACUCCAGGAACAACGGAUAUGCCGCCCCUGGUGCCGGCAACAAUGAUGAGGACAAGACCGCCCUCACCAAGAUGGGCAAGUUCUAUAUGAAGGUUCUCAACUUCAGCAUCGUCACACGCUAUAUGAUCUAUGUUGCUCCCUUGGCACUCAUUUUGGCUAUCCCCAUCAUCCUCGCCGCGACAGGCGUCAUAUCGAAGAAAGCCAGGAUUGGAGGUGAUUCUGACACCGGCGCGGAACCGCGCUUGUUCUUCAUUUGGAUCGAGAUCAUCUGGCUCAGUUUCUGGGCAUGCAAGAUCGUCGCUCACUUCCUUCCCCGCAUCUUUGAAUUUCUCGUCGGCGUCGUCAGCCCCGGUAUUAAGAAAUACGUUCAGUUGCUUGCCGCCCUGGAAAAGCCACUCUCUUUCGUUUUCUGGAUGAUCGUGAACCAGGUCACCUACCAGGUCCUCAUCGUGCAACCAGUAAAAACCCAGCCAUCUUGGAGCAAGAAAGUGGGAUCCGUCCUGCUUGCUCUACUCGUGUGCACCUGUAUCAUUCUUGCCGAGCGAGUGCUUAUUCAAUUGAUCAGUAUCAGCUACCACAGGAAGCAGUUUGACCAAAAGAUCAAGGACUCUAAACACAACAUUCAUCUUCUGGGUGUCAUGUACGACGCCUCUCGUGCUCUCUUUCCGGAGUACUGCAAUGAAUUCGCCGAGGAAGAUUACAUCAUUCAGGACAACUUGCCCUUCACCAUAGGAAGCAGGAAAGCGACAAUGGGACACAAUCGUUCAGGCUCAAAGACCCCGAUGCGUCUGCUUCAGAAUGUGGGACGUGUCGGAGACAAGGUCACUGGCGUCUUCGGUGCCGUCGCCCAAGAAAUCACCGGCAAGAAAGUCUUCGACCCUAAUUCGGCGCACUCGAUUGUCUUGGAAGCCAUUGAGCACAACCGCUCUGCUGAGGCCUUGGCCAGGCGCAUCUGGCUCUCGUUUGUGGUCGAAGGCAAGAACGAAUUGUAUCUGGAGGAUCUAGUUGAAGUCAUGGGCGCUGGUCGCCAAGAAGAGGCCGAGGAGUGCUUCGGUGCCCUUGACAAGGACGGCAACGGUGAUAUCUCCCUCGAGGAGAUGAUCAUGACUGUGGCAGAAAUCGGACGUGAGCGCAAAUCUAUUGCGUCCAGCAUGCACGACGUUGACCAGGCCAUCAACGCCCUUGAUGCCCUUCUGUUCACCAUUGUCUUUAUUGUCUGCGUCUUCGUCAUCGUCUGCUUCCUCAGCCCAAGCUUCCAGACAACUCUUGCGACCUCCGCCACGGCUCUACUCUCGCUGUCCUUCGUCUUUGCUGCCACAUGCCAGGAAGUCCUCGGUUCCUGCAUUUUUCUCUUCGUCAAGCACCCUUACGACAUUGGCGACCGCGUCGAUAUCAGCACCGAUCAGUUCACCGUCGAACACAUAUCCCUUCUCUACACCGUCUUCAAGCGCGUCAACAACGGUAAAAUCGUACAAACGCCCAACAUUGUCCUUAACAACUUGUGGGUUGAGAACAUUACACGUUCAAAGGCCAUGAGAGAGCAAGUCUCCAUCUUCUGCGACUUUGGCACCUCGUUCGAAGACAUCAGCGCUCUCAAGCAGGAAUUGGCGGGCUUUGUCCGCGAAUCUAGCAACACUCGUGACUUCCACCCGGACAUUGAAGUGGAGGUUGUGAGCAUUGCCGAAAUGAACAAACUUGAGCUGCGCGUCGAGAUCCGUCACAAAAGCAACUGGUCCAACGAGAGUCUCCGUGCAUCCCGAAGGUCCAAAUUCAUGUGUGCUUUGGUUGUGGCCCUACGCAAGGUUCCGAUUGCGGGCCCUGGUGGUAGCGACGCUGCUCUUGGUGAUGCCAACAAGCCUUCUUGGUCCGUUGCUAUCUCACCCGAGCAAGCGCAGGCAGUGCGACAGAAGUACCUCGACGAUAAGGACGCUGGCCGCCUGUACCCCACCAACAAAAAGGAUGAUGACAACGACACGGGCAAAUCUACCGGAGUCGAUUACCUCGGCACUGGUACCGAGAGCGUGGCUAUCAACCAGAUCAACAAUCGCAAGCCCGGUGUAGAUGCUGUCCGCGAUGACACGUGGAGAGCACGCGACGACACAUGGGGAGCACCCGACGAUGGUAGCACCAUCGGUCGCCCGAGUCUAGAUGGCCGUCCUAGUAUGAGCGCUAACCGUCCGGAACUCGAAGAAGUUCGCGGUCUCCUGCACAAGGCGAGCAGUGGCGGCCGCCGCAAGGGAGGUGCCUCCCUUGCGCCAACUCCCAGUGGUUACAGCACCGAGACUAGGCAAGCCAUGCCUCCUCUACCGCUCGCUGUGAACCCUUCGCCUCAACAUCCCAAUGCCAACAGCAACCCGUACGCGCCUCCACCGCUUUCGGCACCACGGACGCCCGCCUCACCGAGCUCCGUUUCGACCGGGAACAUCGAGGAAUAUCAGUAUCAAACGAUGGUCCCACCGCCUCCACGCAAUGACGCUCGCAGUCCCCCUUCAAUUCACCUCCAGCAGCAUCGCUCACCGCAGGCGUCGACAGGUCUGAGGCCAACGCCUUCAAAUGCGUCUACAAACCCUUACCGGACGCAAUCACCCCCAACCUCACCGCCAGCGGCUAGUCAGCAUCCGUACCGCCCUUAG